AUGCAGAGCGGGAGCAGCGCCCGGCCCACGUCACACCUCAGACACACUCACACUACACCAGGACGGGACCUGAGAAGGGCCGAUUGUGCCGAGAUGAUCAGCUUCAGAUCCUUUAUAGUGCAUUGUUGUCCAUCUCAAGAGUGGUGCACGUUCGAGUUUGGUAUUUCUCUGCGUUUGAGGUUUUGUUUUGAAGUGUGUCUGAAAGUGCCAAAGAGCAGCGUCGGCGUGUACAGCGGCGGCGUGUACAGCGUUGACGUCUACAGCGGCGGCGUGUACAGCGUUGGCGUCUACAGCGGCGGCGUGUACAGCGUUGACAUCUACAGCGGCGGCGUCUACAGCGUUGGCGUCUACAGCGUUGGCGUCUACAGCGGCGGCGUGUACAGCGUUGGCGUCUACAGCGGCGGCGUCUACAGCGGCGGCGUGUACAGCAGCGGCGUCUACAGCGGCGGCGUCUACAGCGGCGGCGUCUACAGCGGCGGCGUCUACAGCGGCGGCGUGUACAGCGGCGGCGUGUACAGCGGCGGCGUCUACAGCGGCGGCGUCUACAGCGGCGGCGUCUACAGCGGCGGCGUGUACGGCGGCGGCGUCUACGGCAGCGGCGUCUACGGCAGCGGCGUCUACGGCGGCGGCGUCUACAGCGGCGGCGGCGUCUACAGCGGCGGCGGCGUCUACAGCGGCGGCGGCGUCUACAGCGGCGGCGGCGUCUACAGCGGCGGCGGCGUGUACAGCAGCGGCGUGUACAGCGCCGGCGUGUACAGCGGCGGCGUGUACAGCGGCGGCGUGUACAGCGGAGGCGUCUACAGCGGCGGCGUCUACAGCGGCGGCGUCUACAGCGGCGGCGUCUACAGCGGCGGCGCCGUGUACAGCGGCGGCGUCUACAGCGUGGAGCACGACGGGCUGCGCGGGGCUAAUGCUGUCACUGAACUCGCAUCCCCUUUCUCCCACUCUGCACGCCUUCCCAGGAUCUAUUUCUUAUUAAAAUUCAGCCUCCAAAUCAUGUAG